AGGUCAAAAACCCAAAACGUCAGAUUUACUGUGCGAAUCGUGCGAAUACCAAAGCUCAAAAGAAACAAAAACAUUGUAUCAGUGAUUAGCCGAAAAUUAGCAAAUAAUUUGCUAAUAACUAAUAAUUUUAAUAACAUACUUUAUAACAUAGUUAGUUUCUGAGAUGCCCCUUAUUCCAGCUAGUGGAACCGGUAGGUUUUGGGCACGUUCCGCAAAGAUCAUACGGUUCGCACGGCAUGGGUGUACCAACAGGCCCUUUUAUCACAUUGUCGUUAUGGAGCGUCGAAAAAAUCAACAUCAACCAGUGAUCGAGCAAAUUGGUACCUAUGAUCCAAUUCCCAACGAGUUUAACGAGAAGUUGGUUUCUUUCAAUUUCGAGCGAGUUCGUUAUUGGUUAGGAAGUGGAGCUCACCUUUCAUCGCCAGUAGCUGAACUGUUAGGCAUUGCUGGUUUGCUUCCCAUUCAUCCGCGCACUUACAUGACCUCAUGGAGAAAUAGACAAGCAUCAGAGAAAGCCGCACAACUUGAAGCAGCGGAGCAACACGUUGAUGAGUCUGAGUCUGCGGAGGGUAGUAAAUAAUGCCUAAGUAAUUGAGUGAGAAUAAUGAAAUUGGUAACGUUUAUAUAGUUGAAUACAAACAAUGGUUAAUUCCAAA